AUGCUGCGUUGCAGUAGGGCUUUUCUUUUAGGUGCUGAGAAAAAUACAUUUCGUUCUACUGCCAGUUCAGCUACGCCUACUGCUCAAACCACUAAGACUACAUAUGGACCAUUAUCAGAUGAUGAUAGAGUAUUCACUAAUAUAUAUGGUCGACAUGAUUGGCGUCUUAAAGGUGCAAUGAAACGUGGUCAUUGGUAUAAGACAAAAGAAAUUGUAUUGAAAGGUAGUGAUUGGAUUAUUGAAGAAAUUAAAAAGUCUGGUUUACGUGGUCGAGGUGGUGCUGGUUUUCCUUCUGGUAUGAAAUGGAGUUUCAUGAAUAAACCUAGUGAUGGCAGACCCAAAUAUUUGGUAAUUAACGCAGAUGAAGGUGAACCAGGAACGUGUAAAGAUAGAGAAAUUAUGCGUCAUGAACCGCAUACACUUAUUGAAGGUUGUUUGAUAGCUGGACGAGCUAUGGGCGCUAAUGCAGCUUAUAUUUACAUUCGUGGUGAAUUCUACAAUGAAGCUUCAAAUAUGCAAUUAGCUAUCAAAGAGGCUUAUGAAGCUGGUCUACUAGGCAAAAAUGCAUGUGGUACUGGAUAUGAUUUCGAUGUUUAUAUGCAUCGAGGAGCUGGAGCUUAUAUUUGUGGUGAAGAAACUGCUCUAAUUGAAUCUCUCGAAGGAAAACAGGGUAAACCGCGUUUAAAGCCUCCUUUUCCUGCGGAUAUUGGAUUAUUUGGUUGUCCAACAACUGUUACAAAUGUUGAAACAGUUGCUGUUGCACCUACAAUUUGUCGUCGAGGCGGUGAUUGGUUCGCUGGUUUCGGUAGAGAAAGGAAUCGUGGGACUAAACUAUUCAAUAUUUCAGGGCAUGUUAACAAUCCAUGUACUGUUGAAGAAGAAAUGUCUAUUCCAUUGCGUGAUUUAAUUGAACGACAUGCUGGUGGUGUUAUUGGUGGUUGGGAUAAUUUACUAGCAGUUAUUCCAGGGGGUAGUUCAACUCCAUUACUACCUAAAGAUAUUUGUAGUACUGUUCUAAUGGAUUUUGAUGCUUUGGUCCAAGUGAAUUCUGCUUUGGGUACAGCGGCAGUGAUUGUAAUGAAUCGAUCAGCUGAUGUUGUACAUUGUAUUUCACGUCUUAUCAAAUUUUAUGAACAUGAAAGUUGUGGUCAAUGUACUCCAUGCCGUGAAGGAUGUCGUUGGAUGGGUCAAAUAAUGACCAGAUUUGUUCAUGGUAAAGCUAAUAAAAAUGAAAUUGAUAUGAUCUGGGAAAUUUCUAAACAAAUGGAAGGACGUACAAUUUGUGCUUUAGCUGAUGGAGCUGCAUGGCCUGUACAGGGUCUUAUUCGACAUUUUCGUCCAGAGUUGGAGGCAAGAUUCGCUAAACACGGUAUAGAACUUUAUGAACCGCCAAAAGCUGAAUCAAGUGUUCCUUGUUAA